GAUGUUUCACACAAUUCACGAUAACGACAAGGUUGAUUGAAUUCGCUGUACUCGAACUAAUCCAUAAGUUGUCACAGAAAUGAAGACCCUCGGGUUUUGUAUCCUGUUUUUCUACCUCCUUAGAUUGGGUUUGACUCUGAAGUGUAAUUUGACAGACGACUGUCAAAAGUGCACCCAAAACCCCCUCUGUGUGUUUCGAAUUCGAGAUGGAAUUGUUCAAUGUACCACCAAAGACGAACAGCUUAACGUCUCGCAUAGCUUGGCCGACGAAACUGAGAUUCGAUCUCUAUCCGUUAAAGUCGUAGAUGAGGCUAUGUGUAGCUUAACUCUGGAAGCUUUCUUCCAAGCCAUCGGCAAUGAAGGAAAGUCGGAGCAAGACCCAAACGAUAUCGAGACGACUUGGCUUGGGUCAGUUCCGGAAGCAGUCAACGUCACGGAUGAUUUUUAUCAACCCGAUACAUCAGAAGGGAUGUAUAAGGCUUUGAAAGACGCGGAGACAAAUUUUUCAACAACUCCCCCCAGAUCAUUAUUCCCAGAGGUAGAAAAGCAUCCUCUAAAACCAUGUGGGAAUGGUUUUGACAUUUUGGCAUUUAUUGCUGGCUGUGUCGUUGGAAUCGUGAUCUUUUUGAUAGGGAACUUGUGCCUAAAGUCCUCGAAGAAAAGUGAAGCUCGAAAGACUUACAACCAACCCUACACUUUCGACAGUUUUGUGAAUCCCUAACGGAACAAGUUGAAACACUCUCACUCCAACCUCCGUUGAAACGCAGAAAGUGCGGUGCUUUGGCACUGGUUAGUAUGGUACAUGUGUUUAUGACUAAUUCAUUCAUCUGUAGUCGUAUAUAAUCGCAAUAAUGUCCUAGGUAAAAGAUGUAUAACAAAGCUAAGUCAAGAAAUAAAAUAAAUAAUACUA